AUGUUAGCAACGCCUAUUAAACCUGCACGGGGUCCACCGGACGAGAAUCAAACGCAGAUUAGCUUGGAGACAAACGCGAGCCAUGUACCCGCAACAUCCGGUAGCACUCUGCUACCUCGACCAGUCGCAUCACUCGUCUCGCUCCUAACUCAAUCGACUUCACUAUCGUUGCGAGUUGGGACCUUCUUUGGUGGGGUCGCCUUGGAUGGAGCGCGGGCAACGACAUUGACGGGUCUGGAACUGGGACGCGCCGUGAUUGAAGGCAUUUUGACAAGGGCUGGGAGAGAUGUUGCGCUUCGCAGUGGCGAUGAACAUGGGAGGAGAGAGGCGGAGUCAUUACUGGAGCGAAGUUUAGCAACUCUGCAUACUACCGUGACCUCGGCGUCAUUCUUUGCAGCGGCCUCGUUUCAUUUCUCGGCUACGACGCUGGCUUCGGUUGCGAAUUUCUCGCAGGCUUUGUUAUCAACUCUCGAUGCCAUUCUAGGAUCUACAGAGUCAUCCAGGGCUAUUGCGGCUAUUAUUACGCUUAUCCGACGCGAGUUUCGAUCUGUUGAUGCCGGCACCAGCAGCGAGAAUAUUGGUGUGGGAGACCUCUUUCUUGGCUCUGUGGGAUUUGCACUUCUGCAACGCUGGGGGAAGAAGAAUACUGAACGUACUCUCCGCCAAAAGGGCGGUGAUGAAGUGGUGUGGGAUACCGUUAUCUUGGACAGCGGUCUCAGAGCUGACGUUGUGGGCACCCAUCAAGUACAAUUUCCAGAUGGAAAUCAGGAAGAACUGGUCGAGCCUGAAGGUGCAUCUUUCAUAAUGCCGGGUCAUGGUGAUGAGGCUUUUGAUGCGGUUCAUCGACGACCAAGCAUUCCAGAAGCCUUUCCUCCAUCUCGACUGUCGUUCCAAUUGGAUGGCCAACAACACGCAUCGGACGAAGAAAUCCGCUCUUAUAUAAUGAGUCAAUUGCCUCAGGGCUGCCAUGCAACUAUCAAAUCAGAGGUUCUUACAGCACGCACAAUAACGGUUGACAUAUUUGAUGACGACAUGGCGGAAAUUGCUGCUCCUCCAGGUACAACGAUGAUCGAAGAGCGCUUCCAUCACGAUCAUGAGUACAGCAAUACUUCGGUGCCAGAAUACCAGCGACUUCCAAAACAUACCGUCGUGUUUCGAACCGCCUUCAACAAGUCGCAGAGCACCGAACUACGUCCUCAUACGGGCUCGCGCGUUCCGAGUCCGACGGAGACGCAACGUCCAAGAGCUUUACCAGGAAGUUCGGUAUCAAAUGGACAUGGCAGAACGCAGAAUAGCCGGCCACAUUCCCAUCAAAACACUCCAGCUGAGACUACAAUUUCUCGACAAGACGCUGUCAGUCCCGGAUCUUCAAGUGAUCAAAGCCAGAAAUCUGGAUUCGGGAAGGGGUCGUUUACAAAAUUGGCGAAAAAAGUCAAGCCGAAUGGACCGACUGAGAGUUCUGAGAGUAGCAAACGGGCUUCACUCAAGAAAUCAGCGUUAAAGACUCCUGGCUCCCUGAGUGCUCCCCGCCAACCCCCUAGGCCAACGAAAGGCGCAUCAUCUGUCAGAGAAGCAACUGCUCGUGAGACCUCUGGCCAACCAGACCCCAAACGUCGACACACCGAGGCAGUUGACUUUCGACCCAACACCCCGGCUCCGAAUAGAGGUUUGCGCAGGUCGCCGUAUCCUCACUCUCCCCAAUCCCCGCAAUCGCCCAGGGCGCAUACCCGACAUGUUCCUCCUCGGAAUAUCCCUGACCGGAGUAGCUCUAGGGCAGGGUACUUUGUCAUGCGUGAGAAGAGCCAGGAGUCGCUUUUGACUCACACGGAUACCUUCUCGCGUCGCAAUGCCGACUUACGCCCUGGCUCGCCCGUGGCUGCAAGAACUCAUGUUCGCAGCAGUAGCUCCAUGUCUUUGACAAGGUCGGAGACGGAUGGGACUGUCCCCGUGAAUGAUCACCGACCCAGCUCGUCGGCGCUGCAUAGACGGUCUCAAUCAUAUACUCCUAGUAUGUACUCGGUCGCUACGGCAGGCUCAGAAACCUCGCUUUUGUUGGCACAUCGGCCCCGCAAAAGUGCAUAUGAGGAUAUGAGUACCAUCCAAGCAUUGAAUCGCGAUGGUGUAGUCCCGGGGAUCUUCCCCGAGAGACACUUUGUGCAAAACAUCCGUCGCUUCUGCCGGUUCUCGUCUGCCUCUUAUGGUGCUAAUGCACUCAAGGUCAUGGGUGUGCCCAAGGGUACAAAGAGUCUUCCUGCGGCUGUGUUGGAUGACCAUGAACACAGCGCAUUUUCAGACCAUGCCGGGCUUCCACCAUCGACUAUCUUGCUCUCUUCUUUCGUUGACCCUGCAGGAGGUACGAAUGCCGCUGGUGAGACGGAGACCGGAUUCCCGCUCGUGCAUUAUCUCUCCAUCGACCAUGAAUCGAAGGCGCUCGUUCUGACACUUCGUGGAACCUGGGGAUUUGAGGAUAUCCUUACGGAUAUGACCUGUGACUACGAUGAUCUGGAAUGGCAAGGCAAGAAUUGGAAGGUGCACAAGGGGAUGCACGCCUCGGCCAAGCGUCUACUUGAAGGUGGUGGUGGUCGAGUGAUGAUCACCUUGCGCGCAGCACUUGAAGAAUUCCAAGACUACGGUGUCGUUCUCUGCGGUCAUUCCCUAGGUGGUGGUGUUGCAGCCUUGCUAGCAACGAUGAUUGCCGAGCCCAGCAGUGCUCUCACGGGCACGUCCUUUGUGACAGCUUCCUAUCAGCCACGUCCCCCGCCUCGCCUGAUCGCCGUCGACAGCGAGACCAGCCAGAGCUCCUCGCCUUCUACAGCAGAAGCACCACCAGCCUACGAUCUACCUCCCGGCCGCCCAAUUCACGUCUACGCCUACGGACCGCCAGCAGUGAUGUCCCCCUUCCUCCGCCUCGCCACCCGAGGCCUCAUCACAACCAUUGUCAACGGCUCAGACGUCGUCCCCAGCCUCUCCCUCGGCAUCCUCCACGACAUGCACACAGCCGCCUCCCUCUUCAAAAGCGACAUCUCCGGCGCAAAAUCGCACGUCCGCCAACGCCUCCACGAAAGCCUCCGCCAAAGCAUCAUCCACAAAUUCUACGUCAACCAACCCCCCCACGUCCUGCACGCAGGCGACGGCGUCGGCGAAGACGCCUGGGCGUGGAAAACGCUCGGCCUAUUACGAGACGAGAUGCGUGCGCCCAAACUCAUGCCGCCCGGCGAGGUCUUCGUCGUCGAGACGAUGCGUGUUUUGCAGCGGGAGGCGUUUACGGCUGUGCCGGAGUUUGACGCAGAUGGGUAUCCAAGGCUUGGGAGGCCGGCGACGAGAGUGCAGAUGCGGUUUGUGAGGGAUGUGGAUGCUUUCUUUGGGGAGUUGAGGUUUGCGUCGGGGAUGUUGAGUGAUCAUAAUCCGGCGAGGUAUGAGACUAGUUUGGCGGCUUUGGCGAGGGGGAUUCUUGAUGAGUGA